GUAUACUGUGUGGGUCUGCUGUGUGAGCAGGCAUGCUACUGCAGCACCAAUCUCGCCAUCUAUGCCACUCCCGUCGGUGUAGAUGCUAGGGCUCUGGUCUUUCUCGUUUUCUCUGUCGUGUCGACUGCGUGCUUUGUCCGCGCUCUCGUCUAUGUGGGUCUUUGGGCGGUGUCGCCAGGGCGGGGUGAUAAAGUGUGGAAUCGGCUCCUGCGUCUCGAAAUCUUGUCUGCGCUGACUCUUUAUGUCAUCGUAUAUCUUCUGCCAGGAGUCGACCUGUCUAAUGUGGCGUGUGCUUGCGCUAGCAGGUUGUGA